CUUUUUGUUCUUUAGAUAGAAAAUAGUAGGGAACAAUUCACAUUGUGUGUGAUUUGGUUUCGAACUCCCUUUCAUUUUUUUCCAAUGGCUUUGAAGUGUGUUCCAGUUCCGUUUUGCCCUCAAAAGCCUCUUGUUGAGAUACCAGAUUUGGGGUCUUACCGAGGUAGGAUUGUGUUGGAUUUGAGGUCUUCCAAACUGAAAUGCUUUGCUUUGGAUUAUGCUUCAACGCAAAGGGCUUUUGUUCUUGUUGAAGAUGAGAAGCCUGGGGCCAAGACAUCUCUCACUGGGAAGAUUGAUGGAGAUGGGAGCACAGUUUCCAGGGCAUUUCACAAGGACUUGAAUCUUCUUCCUAAACCGCUGUCCAUAACCAAUCUAUCUCCAUAUCCUGCUAAUGGUUCAAAUGUGCGGAUUGCUUAUCAGGGAAACCCAGGUGCAUAUGGUGAGGAUGCUGCUCUUAAAGCAUACCCUGAUUGUGAGACUGUGCCAUGCGACCAAUUUGAAGCUGCAUUCAAUGCAGUUGAGCUUUGGUUGGUGGAUAAAGCAGUUCUCCCCAUUGAGAAUUCUGUUGGUGGUAGCAUACACCGCAAUUAUGACUUACUCCUCCGGCAUAGGCUACACAUCGUAAGGGAGGUACAGUUGGUUGUUAAUCAUUGCCUCUUGGCGUUGCCUGGUGUUACAAUGCAGGAAGUCAAGUGUGUUUUCAGCCAUCCCCAGGCACUUGCUCAAUGUGAGAUGGCCCUUACCAACUUAGGCAUUAUUAGAGUUAGUGCUGAUGAUUCUGCUGGUGCUGCUUUGAUGGUUGCUUUGAGAGGCAAAAAGGAUAUGGGCGCAAUAGCAAGUGCUAGAGCAGCUGCAUUAUAUGGGCUUGACAUUCUUAAAGAAAAAAUCCAAGACGAGGACGAUAAUGUUACCAGGUAUUUGGUACUUGCAAGAGAGCCCAUAAUUCCCAGAACUGACAGGGUUUAUAAGACCAGUAUAGUUUUCACUUUAGAAGAAGGUCCUGGCAUGCUAUUCAAAGCAUUGGCUGUGUUUUCUCUAAGGGAUAUUAAUUUGUCAAAGAUAGAGAGUCGACCACAAAAAGGGCGUCCUCUAAGGGUAGUCGACGGUUCUAACAGAGGGAGUGCCAUGUAUUUUGACUAUCUUUUCUACAUAGACUUUGAAGCUUCUAUGGCAGAACUGCGUGCCCAAAAUGCAUUGGAACAUUUACUGGAAUAUGCCGGAUUUCUCCGAGUCCUUGGUUCCUAUCCGAUGGAUAUAGUUGUGUAGAUGGAUGUCUCUCCCAAAUGGAGAGUAGAUUUUUAUCGUCAUUUAAUCAUUUUUCUGUCAAACCAGCAAGAUGGUGGUGGUUCGAGCCACAGGCUAUAUAUGUACAUAUUAGUCUGUCUUGAUCCAGCUGAAGAUGAAUGGAGAGUUACCCAGAAAUUGUUGAAACCUCAACUUACAGUUUAUUGGACAUGAACUAUUUUCUUUCCCUCAUUUCUUUUUAGCCCUUUUAUCGCCAUAGGUUUUUCUUUGUGAAAUUUUAAAACAUGAGA